AUGAUACUAUCAAAAAUUGCAGCCUUGUAUAUCGUAGCUUUUGCUAGAGCCAUUGAAUUGACGUUUGAAUUAUCCGACAGUGCGAAUCAGUGCUUUUUUGAGGAUAUUAAAGCUGGCAUUGACUGCGUCAUCGAAUAUCAGGUAGUAACAGGUGGUCAGUAUGAUGUAGAUAUGACUCUUCAAGAUGAGAGAGGUAAAAUCCUGUACAAAGGUGUCAAAAAGCAGUAUGAUAAUUUUUCGUGGAAAACAGAAACAGAAGGAACAUAUAAGGCAUGCUUCUCAAAUGAAUUUUCAACUUUUUCACAUAAGGUAGUUUAUAUGGAUUGGCAAAAGGAAACGAGGGUCAGCUCUUAUCAGUACUCUUCAGGCGAUACUUUAUCUCAAGGUAUCGAUAAGGUAACUUCACGAAUAGCAGCCGUGACACAACUUGAAACAUCUGCAUCAGCUAUUGGUGAUCGGCUGAGGCUUAUUGAUGAUUAUCAAACACAUCAUCGAUUGAGAGAAGCUACUGGACGUAAGCGCGCGGAGGAUCUCAACGAACGCGUUUUAAUGUGGUCUUUGGGACAAACGGCUAUUAUUAUUACUUUGGGAAUUGCACAGGUACUCCUACUUCGUUCAUUUUUCACCGAGAAACGAACUAUCUUCUAAUGUGCUUUUUCAUACUGAAUACUUUGCCUUCUUAUAAUUCUUGUUUAUUAUUCACACCUCCUUCAUAGCUUAUUUGGUUUAAACACACCUUCUUCAUAGCUUAUUUGGUGCAUGACUGGUCAGCAGGUCGUUUUUCCGGGGG